AUCGUUAGCUGCAUCAUCGCCGCGACGUUCCACAUCGGGGUCGGCCUCAGCAUGGCGUAUUCGGCGAUUCUGGUGCCCAACUUGGAAAAAGAUUCCUCGGAAAUCCAUGCCACGGAAGAGGAGACGUCGUACAUUGCCAGCUUGGUGGUGAUAGUCGCCCCGGUGGGUGCCUUCGUCAACAACUACCUGAUGGAAUCGUUUGGGCGUACGCGGGCCCUCCAGUUCGGGGUGCUGCCCUUCGUCGCCGGCUGGGUGAUGAUUGCCACGGCGCCCAACGUCCACACUAUCAUGGCCGGCCGUAUGCUGGCCGGGUUGUCGACGGCCCUGGCCACCUCGCCGGCCAUCGUCUACAUAACCGAGGUCGCCCGGCCCGAGCUCCGCGGCUCGCUCAUCUCGUUCGGCCCGACCCUCGCCUCCCUCGGCAUGGUCCUGGCCUACCUCGAGGGCUUUCUCCUCCACUGGCGGAUCGUCGCCUGGCUCAGCCUCGUUUUCGGCAUCCUGCCCGUCUUCCUCGUCCAAAUCUUCGUCCCCGAAUCCCCGGUUUGGCUCGUGUCCAAGGGACGCUUCGAACAGGCCCGCAAAUCCCUCGAAAGGCUGUACCAGUCCAAGCCGUGCGCGGGCAAGGUGUCGGCGGCCGAGGCGGCGUACACGACGAUCGUCAAGGAGAACGAGAUAAAACUGAGCGAGCAGCGUCGCAGCAAGCACGGCGCAGGCAACGCGUCCAAGCUGCGUGCCCUGUUGCGCCCGACCGGCUGGAAGCCCAUGCUCAUCCUCUUCCUCCUAUUCUCGUUCCAACAGUUCUCCGGGAUCUACGUGACCCUGUUCUACGCGGUCACCUGGUUCGAGAGCGUGGAUCCCCACCACAAGUUCUCCUACGUGGCCUCCGUCCUCGUCGGGCUCACCCGGUUCUUUUGCUCCAUGGUCAACACCGUCCUCAUGCGCCGGUUUCCCAGGCGCGUCCUUUGCAUCGUCUCCUCGAUCGGCAUGGCCGUUUGCAUGGCGGUGUCCGGCUACUUCACCAUGAUCAUUGGCCCCCUCAAGGACCGGGAUGUCCCGGUUCCCGCGUGGAUGGGCUACAUUGUCGUCGCGUGUCUCCUGCUCUACGUGUGCACGUCCAUGAUCGGUAUGCUCACGAUACCUUGGACCAUGACGGCCGAGCUCUUUCCCACGGAAAUCCGGGGAAUGGCCCACUCCAUCAGCUUCUCCAUGGCCAACAUACUCAUGUUCAUUGCCGUUCAGAAUUACAGAAAUUUGAAGAACUUCCUGGGAG